UAGUAUAUUAUUUAUUUUUUGACAUACGUCCAGAUUUGGGUUCUGAAAUCUGAAUCGUUAUGUAAUUUAUUUUUGAAUAUGUUUUAAAAUUCGUUUGUUAAAUGUCUUAGACAAUUUAAAACAUGAAUAUACUUUGAGAUAUUAAGACGAUGCACAUAAGGUUUGAGAAAAAUGCCAACACAAAAUGUGACAGCGAAAUAUUGUCCUUGUCUUGGAUGGGAAGGGUUCCAGAUAAUGCAGAAGAAGAAGGGUGGAAUUUAGAUGGUCGUAAUUAUUAUAAACAAGGGUGGCUAGCUACGGGCAAUUCUCAAGGUAUUGUUGGAGUAACAUUCACUUCAGUUAGAACAAUAUGUGAACCAUCAAGUGAAAGACUACCUCUUCGGACUAAUUAUAAUUUAAGAAAUCACCAUGCUAAGGUUGUUCUUGUGAAAUGGAAUGAACCCUACCAAAAGCUAGCAUCCUGUGACAGCUCAGGUGUGAUUAAUGUUUGGGCUAAAUUUGACUGUCGUUGGAACGUUGAAUUAAUUAACGAUCGUAAUACAAGGGUUACUUAUUUUAGUUGGUCCCAUGAUGGUAGAUUGGCACUCAUAUGUUAUCAAGAUGGCUUUGUUUUGGUUGGUUCAGUCACCGGACACAGAUAUUGGUCAUCUAUGUUACAUCCAGAAGGAACAGUUACUUGUGGAGCUUGGUCUCCUGAUGACCAGCAGGUUUAUUUUGGAACAAGUAAAGGUCAAGUGAAAGUUUUAGAUAUUCACGGUAUUCCUGUUUCUCAAGUAAAUUUGGCCGAUGACUCUGGAAUAUCAUCAAUGGCGUGGUCCUGCGAAAAGUUUUGCAUGAACGAGAGACAAAGGAAAUCAGAUUAUUUUUUUAAACAUAUGCUGGCGAUAUGUUGUAAAAAUGGUUCCAUUCAUUUAAUGCGACGGUAUGAUGAUCCAGCUACAAUACUCGUACGUACAGGUUUAUGUCCAAUUUACAUGGAGUGGGCCAACUCAAAAGAGCUCUUAUGUGUCGCUGGUUCAGUACCUGGAAAGCCUGGUAAUAAUAUUGUGAAAAUUUACUCAGAAGUUGGUCAGCUUGUUUAUUCAAUCAAUAUACCUCCAUCACAGAUGGAAGUAACAGCUGUGACAUGGGCACAUAACGAUCGAAGAAUUUUUAUAGCAACAGGACCUGAAAUUCAUGUUGCUUGUGUAUCAGCAUCAAUCCUUCCGCUUCAUAUACUAUGUGCAUUACGCCUUUAUGAUGAAUCUAUGUUCCCACCCAAUGAAUUACUUCCUAUUUGUAUCCAAGAUACAUUAGCUGCUAUAGCUUCAUCAACUAUUUAUUGCGAAGUGCCAAAGUUGUCAGAUUUAAGACUUUUUGUGAGUGGUUCACCCAAAAAUCGUCUUUACUGUACUGUUGUACAACAUGUCAAUGGCCCGGAACCUACUCCACCGAGCACAGUUUGCUAUGUGUUGUAUAUGGAAUAUCUUGGAGGUCUAGUACCAUUACUUAAAGGGAAAAGAACCAGUAUUUUGAAACCAGAAUUUGUUAUAUUUGAUCCUCAAGUUGAUGAUGCCACCUACAAUAGUGCCCAAAUAACAUACAGUCAAUUUGGCUGGGAAGACUCUGAGUCCAAUAUUUGUUCAAGUCCUAAACUCCAUCGCAAAAAUCGCCAUAAAUACCAUAAAUACCCUGGCAGUAAUAGUCGUCAACUACAACUAAACUGUUAUACUGAUGUUUUACCAGAAGACUAUAGACUAGCAGAAGUAACGGCUAAUGUUUGGGGUACAAAGUUUCAUAUUCGCGGUCUAUGUGAUGAUUUAACCAAAAAAUUGGGUCGUGUGUCAUAUCGUACUUCGAUCUUACACUUGCAACCACGACAAAUGACACUUUCUAUUGUUGGCGAUGGACAGACAUUAGAGGACGAAACACUUUCACCUCAACAGCUUCAAAGGCGACGUAGUUGCAGUGUAGGAUCGUCAAAUCCAAAAUUGUCUGUUUCCAGAGUAUUGGAGGAUGCAAAGGUAUCGGAAACAUUUGCACACAGUUUACCAGCUAGUCCCGUUGCAGCCAAGAAGAAAACAGGAUCUCCAUCACAAAUCAGAAAGCGAAUAAUGAACUCACCUUUGUUCUUUCGAAAAGUACUCAGAACACAAAUUGAACCAGAUUUUCAGAACUUGGAAACAUUGCAAAAGUCUCAAAUAAAAAACAAAAUUGAUAUGUGUAAUAAGAAACAGCAAUUUGUUAUGCAAAACAAAGCUCCUAUAUGGAACGACUUGACUCAAGUGUAUCAGUUGGACUUUGGGGGCCGUGUCACUCAGGAAUCGGCAAAAAACUUCCAAGUUGAAUAUAACGGCAUACAAGUGAUGCAAUUUGGCCGUAUUGACCGCAACAAUUUUGCUUUAGAUUUUCAAUAUCCUUUUUCAGCCGUCCAAGCGUUUGCUGUUGCAUUAGCAAGCGUCACCCAGAGGCUCAAAUAAAAUUAUACACUAAGAGAGUGUGUUUAAUCAAUAAAUAAUUUAUUUAUAAAUUAUUAUAAUAUUGUACAUAUACCUAUAAAUUAUUUGCAGGUUUUGUUUUAUUAUGUUUAUCAACCUGCAAAUGAGAUAUAAUUCGUAAAUCUUAUUUUAGCAAACAUAGUGCAAUAUUCUUAAUUAGGGUUCCUCUUUAGGUCUAGUCUUAUCACUUUAACUUUUUUGUUAUAAAUGCAUAACACUUGAAACAGCUUUACUGAAUAUU